UGAAACAAACUGCAGUUUAUAGUAGCUAUUCAUGUAUGGUUGUUGAAUGGAUGUCUCCUAGAUGAUAUUUUCCUCUUCUGUUUCCAAAAUUGCAGCACCAUAUAUAAGUUGAAGGAUAUACAAACAGGGGAAAUUGUUGCUUCAAAAGAGAUAUUAAUAGGUUCUUUAACAAAGGAGGAAGUAGAUGAUGUAAUAGGUGAAAUUACAAUUUUAAGAAGACUUGAUCAUAAAAACGUGAUUCCUUUGAAGGAGAUAGUAACUUCUUCAGGUUCCAUUUGAAUUUUCACAUUUUCCUUUUCUUCUUUUCUUAACUAGUGGCUCUAAUCCUACAUACAUGUUAUCGAGACUAACAAAUUGUUCUUCAGAUUUUCAGAGAGAAAUUGACAAGGACGAUCAAGGAAAUCCAGUUGGCUACAAGUACACUGGUAUAAUCUUCUUGGUUCUUGAGUACAUGGACAAUUCUUUGGAAGGUAUUUUAAGUCGUCCUGGUGUGUCAUUCACAGCUCCACAGGUCAAGUGCUAUAUGAAACAGCUAUUGGAUGGGCUCUAUUAUUGCCAUGCUAAUCAAGUGCUUCAUCGUGACAUCAAAGCACAUAACAUACUCAUCAAUAAUGAGGGAUGUUUAAAGCUUGCAGAUUUUAGCCUUUCACGUUGGCGCCCCAGUGAUGACGUCAAUGAAGCUAAAUUUGAGGUUACUUCUUUGUGGCAUAGGUAUUGCUAUGCCUUGAUCACCUUCAUAGUUAAUCUUCAUUUCUUUCAUACUAGGAACAUUAACCGUAUAUUCCGCUUCUCAACUGGUGUGAGUAGGCCUCCAGAAUUGCUGCUUGAAACCCAGGAGAUCUCUCAUUAUGGCCCUGCUAUUGACAUGUGGUCUGUUGGCUGUGUUUUUGCAAAGCUGCUUGGACAACGAGUCAUGGAAGGGUUAAACAAGGCAGGCUUCUGUACCCCAAAUCCUUAA